AUGCCUUGGCGAAAGUCAAAGCCCAGCCUUGCUGCGUCAGAAUCUCCGGAUAGUCUUCGCCGAGCAUUCUGGCCUUCUCGGCCGCUUCCUGCGAGUGCGUCUCCGUCCCUCCGGAGUGCGUUUCCAGCGCAGUCUUUCUCCGAUGAAGAGCGUUCGCCAUUUUGCGGAGCAAAGAGCGAGGCGACAGCGAGAGGAGCACUCAGCCGCCCCGCCUUGGCGUCUCCCGGUUCACCCCUUUUGUCAGAUGGUCUUGAUACGUGCGCCAGGCACGGCUUGGUGCGGAGCAAAGGAAGUUCGCGCGCUCAGUACAGAGCGGCUUCUACUCCCCUCCGGCCUCUGAGACGGCCGGAAGGCGCUCUUGCCGUGCAGAAGAGCCAAGACCCCGCCGACAGGGCGCGGUUAUCUUUGGGCGAGAGAAGAGAUGCGGAAAAGACGACGUGCUCCACGCAAAGUUCUUCCCGCUGGUCUGCGUUAGAUGUGCUUCUAAGCGAAGAUGUGCUCCGCUACGUCCUCUCGUACUGCGGCCCGCGGGAGGCAGCUUCCCUCGCCGCCGUCUCUCCCGUGUGCAGAGGAGCCUUGUCUGUCGCCGCGCUGGAACCGCUCUGGUACGCCUGGUGGGUGGACCGGCAGUUCCACUUUUGGCCACACACACAAGUGCCUCCCGAUGUCCUUCCUUGCUCGCAGCCUUUCAGAGAGGGAAGCCGCGGCCGUGACCCCGGCGGGGGAUCUCCGCGGCACGCAGAUGCUGCGCCUGAGACAGGUUCGCGUCGCUGGCAAGAGGCGGAUUCUGCCACGCCUUCAGUUCGCGAGAAGGCGCCGCACCUCUCGGCUCUCUCGGACUCAGCUCUGCCGUCUCUUCGCGAAGCUCACGGAGCGUCUUCCCACCUCGCCUCGCCGCGGUGCGACGGCCCAGUCGGAGCACAGGAGUUGUACGCAGAAGGCGACCGCCGCCGAGGUCUCUCUCGAGAGGAUAGCUUUCACGACACGCUCGGACGAAAACCGGAUGCGUCGCCGUUCAUAACGGGCGCCCUCGACAUUGAUGGCUGUCCUCCAACGACGCCCCCUCUUAUUCGGGGCGUGGGGCCGCACAGCGGCGUUUGGAGGAGACAGUUCCUGUGGAGUGUACGUACACUCCACAACUGGGCGAUAGGGAGAUGCCAGCGGUUUCAAGUCCCGAGCAGCGACCACUCGCUUCUCUCUGUAGCUCUCCACCCCUCUUACCAGUCGCCGCUGUGCUCCUGCCACGCGGCGCAGUCGAUUUUUUCCGCCGAAUUCCAAAGGCGCCUGUCGCGGCACUCGUCUGUUGUAACGGAGCGGCGAGUCUCUCGAGCAGGCUCGACCGCCAGGGAGGUCCCACGCCUGACGACUGAAACGUGCGAUCGCGGCGAAAGUGCCCGACUCAGUCCAGAGAUGCGACCCGAGCGGUCUCCCGGCGCGUCCUUCUCGACUUUACCCUCGUCCGUCGCCGCGACCGGCGAAGAAGGCCGUGAAGAAGCUUGGGGAGAUGCGGGCCGAGCCGAGCUGGACGAAGCGUUCCCCUUUUCGCCUGGUUUCGACUUCAAAGCUCGGUUCUUUUCGGUCCACGAUGGUCUAGACGCUGUCCUGGAGCAGGGGACGUGCUUUUUCACCGCCUCGACUGACCGGGUAGCCGUCUAUGAGCACGUGCCGGCGUCGCCGACUGCGUGUGCGACUCGGAGUUCUCGAACCCCGCACGCCGACCGCCUUUUCAAAGAACCAAAAGGGAAAACGGAGCGCCAGUGCCGCUCUCUCGUCCCGUCCCCGGCUCUCGGCCCGCGUUCACACCCCGAUGUCCACUCGAAGUUGCUGAGCUCGCCAGCUCUCACCGCCACUGCCGUUGUCGCCCCCGUGUCGCGGACGCGCGAACCGACGAUAUCGGACCUUGACUCGUACGAAAUCUACCUCUGGAAUCAGACCGGGUGUGCGCCCAACAACGUGAAGAACCGAACUUCUGGGGGCGGCGCGUUGGGCGGCAGAGAGGCUCUGGACGUCAGUGCGGCGCGCGCGUCUGCGAGCGCCUUCGAAGGAGGCUUGUUGCAGGCGAUAGGCCUCGGAGCCGUCAACGCCGGGAGCCAAGGAGGUGCGGGAAACGGCGGUCGGCGAGGGAAAGCGAAAAGCAAGAAGACCGGUUCCGGCCGCAAAUCGGGACCAGGGUUCCCGGAGUCUCCAACACUGUCUCCAAUGGAUGCAGCGCACGACCGGCUGCGCAGCUGCGGGUCCCCACCACCCUUUUCGCUAGAGCCUGCCCUCAACCCCGUGUUGUACCGUGAAGGUCGAGAAGGCGACAGACCAGAAAGACGAAAGUCGAGUCUCGCGGGGAACGGAGACUUCAAAAAUGCAGCGUGCAGCCAGGCCCGCGAGACGGGAAGCCGUGAGCGGAUUUGGAAGGACUUCGCCUCGCCUCUGUGUGACCCCACGAGCAACAGGGCUAUCCCUGGAGCCAGCGAGAAACCGAAAGAGAGAGGCCGCUCGGUUCCCACGACUCCAGCGUCCAUGCAGCCUCUACGGACCUCGUCACGUCCCCCCGUCCACGACCUCUCGCGGUUCAGAGGCGGAGCCUCACUGCUCUCCUGCCGCAUCCACACCGAGACGGGUCGCAUGGCCUGCACGAUUGGAACGGCCGGCGUGGCCGAGACGCCGAGAGAGUCGCGCCUCGGCGGCAGGCGGCGAAGAAAGUGCGGCGGAAGCGUGGGGGGAGCGGGGACGGGAAAUUCGACGAUUUGCGAAGGUCGAAUGUACGAUUUACACAGCGGCCAGCUUGUCUGCUCCCUCGAUAUCGACGGAAACGGGCUGCACCACUUGCAGUUCCGCUAUGCGUUCUCCGACGACGCGGGCCUUCUCUUUGGCUUCGACAGAUGGCACCGAGAGUUCGUCUGCUGGAACCUGGCAAGUCUCUGCGAGGGACAGAGCCGUCUGGACGCUGCCGCCGUCAUUGCAGCGCACGCCGAUGGCAUUUUAGCCAUGGAUGUUGCUGGAUGUGGCCCAGGACGCAACUCCUCUGGCGACUGUCGAGUGCUGGCGGGGAGUCGUGACGACACGAUAAGCCUCUACGCUACAGACCCUUUCGUCCGCCUGCAGACGUUUACUGGGCACGAGGGAGAGGUGUCGGCUGUAUGCUGGCUUGCGAGGACGCCUUGCAAUGAAGAGGCUGCCUGUGGCUGUCUGUGUUCGCGUCGCCAACCCGCGGGGGUUUUCGCCUCGGGGGCGUACGACGCCCUGGUCAAGAUCUGGGAUGUGCGUCAGAAGUCCAGUGUUGCUGCCCACCGCGAUCGACAGCUGACUUUGCUUGAGCACCACAGUCGAAUCAGCAGUAUUGCCGCCGCGGGCUCCGACCAGCGCAUGCUGGUAACGGGGGACACAGACGGGGUUGUCAAGCUGUGGGAUCUACGGCGUUGUACCAAAUCGGUUUGUACGGUCCAGUACGAUGGCCCCGUCACGGAACUGCACGCGAAUGCAGCUUUCUGUUUGGUGUGCGUCAGCUCUCGUCGAGGGAAGGACGGUUUGUACGUGAUGGAUUUUAGUGGGGACGUACCCGUUUGA